CGUACUCUUUGAUCCUCAAAAGCGACCCCGUUUCCCUCUCAAAUUCUCGCUUUAGAGGUUGUGGGAGAGCGAUCUCGGCGAUCGAUUCGACGAGGGAGAUGCGUUUCUCCUCGCAAAUUCCCCUUUUCCGAUCCGUUUCUCGCAUUUCAAUUGCAGGAAUUGGGUCUUUUGCUAGGUUUCGAUCCCAAAAUCGCUUCUUCAUCGUUUGCUUCAGAGAAAGGAGCUCUUUGGGAUCUCAAAAUCGUAAUGGGUCUCGCACUUGUUCCCUUUCUCGGAGAAGUAUCAUGUGCGCCGACCUUGUUGAUAAUGGUCUUUUACCGUUCGCUGCAGCUGCGCAUGAUAUUUUCAAUAUGCGCACCAAUCGGCGAUCGAUGGUGACAUGGGAUUCUGAUGAUGAUGGAGAGAUUACUAACAAUUUUGAUCUUUUCUAUUCUACUUCAAAAGGUAAGAACAUUUCGGACAAAGAUAUAUGUAGUGCUUAUAUCGAGAUGCUCUGUAGCUCUGGUAAUCUAGCAGAAGCUGUUUCUUUGCUGAGACAUUUGCAAAAUAGACAGACCCAUGUCAGUCUUAAUGUUUAUAACAUCCUUCUUAGCUUGGCAGCUGAGGCCAACAAUUUCAGUUUGUUCUCCAAGAUAUUCAAGUAUUUGCUAACUUCGAAAGUGCCCCCUGAUUUUACUUCUUACUGCAAUGUUGCAAAGGCUUUUCAGAAGGUUGAUGACUCGGAACUACUGCUCAAAUUUAUCAGGGAUGUAUCGGAAAUAACUUGUGAUAGAGAACCUACUGUCGUGAACAGGAUCGUGUUUGCGGUUGGUGAUUCUGGACAAAUUGACAAAAGCUUGAUGAUAUUCGAAGAGCUGAAGAAGAUUCAAUUUGACGUCAAUGUGGUCACAUUCAACACAGUUUUGGGAAUAUUGGGAAGAUCAGGUCAGGUGGAUCGAAUGCUUUCUGAGUUCACGCAAAUGAAAGAUUUGGGUUAUUCUCCCGAUUUAGUAACAUACAAUACGGUUAUUAAUUGCCUACGCAGAAUGGGGAAGUUUGGUCUCUGCAAAGAUUUUGCAAGAGAGAUGUUUGAGAAAGGUAUCGAUAUGGAUCUAAGGACUUAUGCUGCAGUAAUUGAUGGUCUUGGACGGGCCGGCCAUGUUGAAGAGGCGCUCAAUAUGUUUUCGGAGAUGAAAAAGUCUCAACAGCCUUCAAUAUAUAUCUACCGUGCUCUAAUUAGCGACUUAAAACGGGCUGGGAAGUUCGAACUGGCAUUGAAUUUGUCCGAGGAGAUGAACUCAACAAGUUCGAAACUUAUCGGUCCUAAAGAUUUCAAGCCAAAACAAAAGGUCAAAAUGAGUUGAGAGGCAAGGUGAUUGAGGAGCUUCUUACGAAUCCAGGUUUACAUUUCAUCCCCUUUCACUCUGAGCUUAGUCAGAAAGAUCUUGAGGAGAAAGUUGCCUCUUGAUAGGAUCUAUGGAAAGGAGCAUAGCUCAGAUGAUAUUUAUCAGUUCUCGAUAGAUCGAUGCCAUGUUACAUAAAAUACACGUAGAAGAUUAAAGAAAGUUUUGUUUCUUCGAGGCGAAAAUGUCAUACACUAUCACGUGGAAAGUGACUUGAUUUACUGGAAAGGCUUGAAGCCGCUUGGUCUUUAAUGUGUGGUGACAUGAAUUUUGGAACUAAGUUCGAUGUUUCUAAUUGCCAAGUACAAAACUGUAGCAUGGGGAGUUAUGCAGCUGUUCCUGCUGUGGAACAUCUUUCUCAACUUCGCUACUACUCGCUCGGAUUCUGGAAAUUGUUCGGAUUCUGGAAACUACUCGCUCGGAUUCUGGAAAUUGUUCGGAUUCUGGAAAUUGUUCGGGCCUGAGGAUUACCAUCGAAAGUUUCCUUCUUGGUCUAGCUCUUCUUAAUUCGGUGGUAUUUCACUUAGCAAUGCAUCGCAAUUCGGCAUGAAAGGUCUGAGAACUGCUUUACAGAGUGGAUUUUAUCUUGAUAUAGUGUAGUCACCAAGUAGGUAUCCUAUACAUAUUGCAGUAACCAAUAUUUUUUUUAUUUUCAAUUGUUAUAUAUUUGAGAAAUUUUUUUUUUACAGCUCCAAAGUGGGAUUGUAGGAUGCCAUUUUUUUUGCUGUUCAUUGCAUCUUUUGCAUGAAACAACAUUCGAAAGCACCUCUGAGAUUUCGAUUUCGAUUGUUGUAUUAUUUAAGGGUGGAAAUAAAUGCAAUUUGGAUGUUUAACAAAA